GUAUCAUUACAAUAAAUAAGCCUUAAUUUAAACCCUCACUUGUAUAAAGAAAAAAAAAACUCUGAACGCGACUCCAACGGUGGAAGAAGGCUGGAGACUUGAUUAGAUUACUAAAUUAUUUAGAUAAUGCCACAUGCCGUUAACUUAGAUGCUCUACAGCGAAAUAAAUUUACUAAAUUCACAACAAAAUGACCCGAUAUUAUAAGCCCACGCGCUAUGCUCCUCUACCAACCUUACAUUCGGUGCCUGCCGCGCGUGUGAAACUCCCAACAGUUUGUCCAAAAAGGGACGGUCCAUAUCCAACAUCUCGUAUGCAGUCCCAAUCAGUCCAUCUACUACUCAGAUCCUCUCCGCUGAUUGGGUCGGGUCAGAGUCAGAUCCACAAAAUUGACCUAAAACAAAUCAACAUGUAGGGCCUACCCUCACCCUCACCACUCCCGUGUGCUGGCCCCUCCCUAUUUCCUCGGACCCACUCGCUCCACAGGGGCGCGUGUGAAACACAUGGCCAAACCUCCCAAUUUCCAAAAGAAAGCAAGACAAUACAGACAAGCAAAAUAAGUACACCAUAUACAGACAAAGACAAACCCAACUCCAAAAACAAGGUAUCCAUCAGCCAUACACUUCUCUAGAUCAGGAGGCUAUGCUCUCUACACUCUCUCUCUCUCUCUCUCUCUCUCUCUCUCUCUACUUCAAAAUUACUAAAAGUCUAAACCCCUUCACUACAGUCAUACACUUCUCUAGAUCUCUCCAUUAACAAGCAAGCAUAUUCUUUCUUCUUCUUUGAGCGAUUCAGCUGCCAGCUUAUAUUAUUUAUUAAAUAACAAAGUCUCUUGUCUUUUCCACACUACUACUUUUCCUCAUUGUUACUUUCAGCCAAUACUGCAUAUAAAAUAGAAGCAUAUAGAGAGGUUUAUAGAGGCACCUCAUUCCCUUUCUUUCUUGGUUUUGCAUUUUUCUUUUUAGAAGUACCAAAUUAGUAAUAUACCAUGAUUUAUUCAUCAGUUUCUUCUGAAAAUCCAUGGACAACAAUAAGCCCAAAAGUCCUCAGACCUUCAACAAAGCAACGUCCUUUUCACUUAAAUCCUAUCCUUAGUUUUCACCGCCAAAACCCAGACACCAUUAACAGCCCGGUGAACGCAACAGAACCCAAAACCCAGCUCAGAAGCCCCAUCUUGAUAAACCCAACUCAAUUUAUUUACAGAAAAACCAAGAGGAGCAGGAUUCAUGGGGAAACAAGAGGUUUUCCCCAACUGGGUAGUCAGCAAAUGUUGUUUCUGUGUGGAUUUGGGUACUGGAUGCAAGGUUUUAGGUGCUUUCCAUGGCUGGCUUUGAACUUCCACAUGGCUCACAAUCUGAACAUGCACCCCUCAACAUUGCAGCUCGUACAGCAUUCUGGUAACCUUCCCAUGGUGGCCAAACCCUUUUAUGGAAUCCUUUCUGAUGCUCUUUACAUUUCUGGUGCGCAUAGAUUACCUUAUAUUUCCAUUGGAGUUCUUUUACAGGUCCUAUCUUGGGGGCCAAUGGCAGUUAUCCCUGUUGCAGGUAAAGCCCUUCCUACCCUUAUGGCAUGUGUUCUUCUUAGUAAUCUUGGAGCAUCCAUUACAGAAGUAGCACAGGAUGCUCUUGUUGCAGAGUACGGGCAAGAAAAAAACAUGAAAGGCCUCCAAUCUUAUGCAUUCAUGGCAUCAGCUGCUGGUGGAAUCCUUGGUAACUUAAUAGGUGGAUAUUUCUUAAUGAAAACACCACCAAGAACCAUGUUUCUCGUAUUUUCAGUGUUACUUUCCGCUCAACUUGCAAUUUCAUUGAGAAUAAGAGAGGAAUCUCUUGGUUUACCAAAAUUGCCAGAUCACUAUCUUAUAAGGAAGCCAAUCUUUGAAAGUACUAGAAAACAAUUUUCUGAGCUGAUGAUGGGAAUUCAAGAGGAAAGUAUUGUUCAUCCUCUUACUUGGAUAGUAGCUUCUAUUGCCAUGGUUCCCGUCCUGUCAGGUUCCAUCUUUUGCUACCAAACACAAUGUCUACAUCUUGAUCCUUCAGUCAUUGGCAUGUCUCGAGUGAUUGGCCAAUUGAUGCUUCUUUCCACUGCCGUACUUUAUGACCGUUAUUGGAAAAAAGUUCCCAUGAGAAAGUUGGUUGGUGUGGUGCAACUUGUAUAUGCCUUUUCACUUCUUCUUGACCUUCUUUUAGUAAGACAGAUCAAUGUUAGACUGGGGAUUCCGAAUGAGGUGUUUGUUCUUUGUUUUUCGGGGUUAGCAGAAAUUAUUGCGCAAUUCAAAAUCUUACCAUUCACAGUGCUAUUUGCGAGUUUAUGUCCUCGAGGUUGUGAAGGAUCUCUGACUUCUUUCUUAGCAUCAGCCUUGUGUUUAUCAUCAAUAGCUAGUGGGUUUUUAGGCGUUGGAUUGGCUUCUCUGAUUGGAGUAACAGCAGGCGACUACUCAAGCCUGCCUUUUGGAAUUCUGGUACAGUUCAUUGCGGCUUUACUUCCUUUAGGAUGGCUUUGUAAUUUACCCAUGUCAGAAGCUGUUGUUGGGAAGGAGAGGAAGAGAGGUUUGAGUAGAAGAAGUCAGAAAAGUAGAAGGGUCGGUAGAGUGGUAUAUGGUUCAGCUUUUAUCUACAGACGCGAGAGAGAAUCUGAGGCAUAAAAGUGAAAGAACUACUUUUAUAUUAUGAUCAACACUCGUUUUCAUAUAGCAAGCCGAUUGAAAGUGGGAGCAAUAUGCAGGAUUACCCGAGUGAGAAUCUGUAAUGUAGAGGUGAAGCAGCUACUUGAUAUGGUUGCAUUUUAACGAGAGCAGGAGAAGUGAAGGUACAAGAGGAAUCUAGGAUUGCCUCAGUGCUGUUCGUUUUCUCCAAACCGCUCGAUGACUUAGAAAGAGGCUUCAUCUCGGAUAUCAGUUUCAAUCGUAGUUUCUGUGACAAAGCUGAAGUUGUUGCAUCAUGUUAAAUGGUGCUGAACUCUGCAAAAAGCAGUUAGUAUGUUGUAAUAUAACUUUUGUUUCACAAAUCACAUAUGUAUAUACGAUCGGUACUGAGCUCUUAUCGCAUAACGAAAACGGAAACAGAAGAAGUUAAGGAGUUCCAGAGCUAUGAGGUGCUUGAUGUAAAAAUUGGUAGCACAGGUACCUGGGAUCUGCGUUGUGCAUGGAAGUCUCUUCUCUCUGCUCCCAAGUCCCAUCUAACAGCCUCCUUUCCUUUAUUCUCCAAGUGCACAAGGUACUGGUAGCUUAAGCCACGAAAAGAAAGAAAAAAAGCCUGAUUGAUAUUCUCCUUUGUGUGGCACAAAAUUUUCAGAUAUAUGCUAACUCUAAAUUGGAGAUGAGACUCAGGCGAACUCUAGCCUCCUACUUCCUUUUCCAUAAAACCAAGAGUGUCUUCUUUUGUAGAGAACAGGAGAAAAUGACAUGAUUCAUAUAACCAUCAACAUAAAUUGUCACA